AGACAGAGAGAGAGAGGGAGGGAGUUGUGUGUGUGUGUCACACUUCUGGCUGACACACUCAACAUGGCUGCAGCUCAGAGCCGCAGGGGGACCGGACUCUUCUGGACCCGGCUGAGCCGCUGCAGGACCCCGGGACCGGCUCAGACCAGGACCGGAGCGGGUCCACACAGGUGUCUGUCCUCCGUGUCUGCUCCACCUCCACCGGGCACUUGGAGCUCCGAGCUGUCCCGGCUGUCCCACCGGGACCUGUACCGGCUCUCCGUCACGAAUCCGGAUCAGUUCUGGGGUUCCGCCGCCGCGGACAGACUCCGCUGGGUGGAACCGUUCAAACGGGUCCGGGACUGCGAUCUGAGCAGCGGGAAGAUCAGCUGGUUCCUGGGCGGGAAGCUGAACGUGUCCGUCAACUGUCUGGACGUCCAUGUUGAGAAACAUCCGGACCGAGCGGCUCUGAUCUGGGAGCGAGACGAGCCUGGCACCGAGGUGAAGGUCACAUACAGAGAGCUGCUGGAGACCACCUGCCGCCUGGCCAACACCCUGAAGAGCCAUGGGAUCCAGAAGGGGGACCGGGUGGCCGUCUACAUGCCGGUGUCACCUCUGGCGGUAGCGGCCAUGUUGGCGUGUGCUCGUAUCGGUGCGGUGCACACCGUGGUGUUCGCCGGCUUCAGCUCGGAGGCUCUGGCAGGGAGGAUCCAGGACGCUCAGUGUAAAGUCGUCCUCACCUGUAACGAAGCAGUCAGAGGCGGCCGGGUCGUCCCUCUCAAGUCCACUGUGGACGCAGCGGUGCGAAGCUGUCCCACCGUCCAACACGUGUUUGUCUCUCAGAGGACAGAAAACCCAACAGAGAUGGGACCGCUGGACGUCCCCCUGGAGGAGGCGAUGUCCUCCCAAUCUCCGGUCUGUCCCGCGGAGCCUCUGGACUCUGAAGAUCUGCUGUUUCUUCUCUACACGUCGGGCAGUACGGGGAAACCUAAAGGUGUUGUCCACACGCAGGCUGGAUACCUGCUGUACACCUCGCUGACUCACCAGUAUGUGUUCGACCAUCGCGACGGCGACGUGUUUGGCUGCGUGGCCGACGUCGGCUGGAUCACGGGCCACAGCUAUGUGGUGUACGGCCCGCUGAGUAACGGAGCCACCACCGUCCUGUUUGAGAGCACACCUGUGUACCCGAACCCAGGCCGGUACUGGGAGACGGUGGAGCGUCUGAGGAUCAGUCAGUUCUACGGCGCUCCGACGGCGCUGCGUCUGCUGCUGAAGUACGACGACAGCUGGGUGAAGAAGUUCGACCGCUCGUCUCUGCGGACGCUCGGCUCAGUGGGGGAGCCCAUCAACCAUGAGGCCUGGCACUGGUUCCACAGUGUGGUCGGAGAAGGACGGUGUCCUUUAGUGGACACCUGGUGGCAGACAGAGACCGGUGGCAUCUGUAUCGCCCCUCGUCCUGCGGAGGAAGACGCUCCGAUCGUCCCGGCAAUGGCAAUGAGGCCGUUCUUCGGCAUCCAGCCGGUUCUCAUGGGAGAGAAGGGGGAACCUCUGUCUGGUGGUUCUGUGACUGGAGCUCUGUGUAUCAGCCAGCCGUGGCCCGGGAUGGCUCGGAGCAUCUACGGAGACCACCAGAGAUUCAUCGAUGCAUAUUUCAAACCGUAUCCUGGUUGUUAUUUCACUGGUGACGGAGCGUACCGCUCAGAGGACGGUUACUACCAGAUCACUGGCCGGAUGGAUGAUGUCAUCAACGUCAGCGGGCAUCGUCUCGGUACGGCGGAGAUCGAGGAUGCUCUGGAUGAACAUCCAGCUGUUCCAGAAACAGCUGUGGUCGGUUUCCCACAUGACAUCAAAGGAGAAGUGCCGUUUGCCUUUGUGGUUCUGAAGGAGGAGUCUGGUCUGGACCGGGCCGCCGUCCUGAAGCAGCUCAGAGAACUCGUCACCACCAAGAUCGCCAAAUACGCCGUCCCAGAACACUUCCUGGUGGUGAAGCGACUGCCAAAGACUCGCUCCGGGAAGAUCAUGAGGAGGAUCCUCAGGAGCGUUGCCAUGGAGAAGAGCGGCGACCUCGGUGACACGUCCACUCUGGACGACUCGUCUGUUGUCAAGGAGAUCAUCGAGGCUCACGAGCAGUACAGGAAGCAGCGAGCAGAGGAGGAGAAGAAGAAGCAGCAGUAGGAGGGAGAGCCUCCUGUUGUUCACAGGCGUCACUGCCAUUUUAAAACAGCUACCCACAAUCCUCUGCUCUGCGUGUCCCUCAUAAGACUUAAUGUAAAAACUCCUUCAAAAUUUAACUUGUUCCUUCAACAUUUGUAGAAAACAUGAAGACCGAAGAGAAACUAAUAUAUUCUACUUCUUUGUCCCCAGACUCCCUUAACAAAUGUGUCAGUUUAGUGAGUUGUUGAGUUGGAGACACUUUAUAAACUCUGUGAAUCUC